AUGGCUGGAGCAAAACCUCGGGUGAUUACUCUUACCAAGCGUGAGGGACAGAGCUAUGGCUUCUUCCUAAGGAUUGAGGAGGGCGAGGAAGGUCACCUGAUUCGGGCCUUGGAGAUGGGAGGUCCUGCUGAAUUAGCAGGUCUCAAAGAUGGAGAUCGGCUCAUCAGAGUCAACAGAACUUUUGUGGACAACAUGGAGCACGGCCGGGUUGCUGAUCUGGUGAAGAAAAGUGGGAUGUCUGUAACAUUACAUGUCCUGGGACAGGAGCCAUACAAACAAGCUAAAAGCAAUGGCAUAAACCUUGAACAACCACAGUCCCCUCAGAUUCAGACCGCUGUAAACGGAGUGCCUUCAGUAGCUCCCAAACUCAAACUCUGCUUUUUGCAGAAGACCAGCGGUGGUUUCGGCUUCUCUGUCAAAUCCACAAAAGGUGAACAGGGAGUUUUUAUGGUGGAUGUGAUUGCUGGAGGUAUUGCAGAUAAAGCCGGGGUUAAGGUAAAGGAUCGUCUGGUGGAAAUUAAUGGAGAAAAUGUGGAGGGUGACACACAUGAGCAAAUUGUGCAAAAGGUCAAAUCUGCUGGGAACAGUGUGAUGUUUUUAUUGGUGGAUGAGGAAACAGACAAAUACUAUAAGCAUAAAAAUAUCAAACUGGGAGCUUCACUAGCCACAGUGAAACACCUUUCAGGGAAACCCCGCAUUGUCGAAAUCAGCAAGGGAUCCAAUGGUUAUGGCUACAUCCUCAAAGAAGACCCUAAACUGCAAGGUCAUUUUAUUGGAGAAAUUGACAAAGGGAGUCCAGCAGAGAGAGCAGGCCUGAAAGAGAAUGACCGGCUGGUAGCUGUGAAUGGAGAGGAGAUUAGUCGCUACAACCACGAGCAAGUGGUGGAUAAAAUACGCCAGCUCGGAAACAGAUGCUGCCUUCUGGUGGUUGAUACCGAAACAGACAAGAUGUACAAGAUGGGUGGUGCCUCUCCCUUACUUUUUUGGGAGGAAAUGGGUCAUUUACCAAAUCAACCAAGCCAGCCUGAGCCUGAAAAUAUCGCAAUGCCAGUCCCAGCCAUGCCAGAACCCGCAGAGCAAACUUAUAAACCUAAAUUGUGCCGCCUGGAAAAGACUGCUGCUGGAUUUGGAUUUCACCUUAACGGCAUCCAAGGAAUCCAUGGACAAUAUAUCAAAGAGGUGGUGAAAGGUGGUGCAGCAGACCGAGUCCGGCUGGAGGAUGAAGACAUUGUAGUGGAAGUGAAUGGAGUGAACGUGGAAACUAGCACCCAUGAGGAGGUUGUGAAACUAAUCCGCAACAGUGGAGACACCCUGGUCCUUCUUGUGGCAGAUAAGGCAACAUAUGAUUACUUCAAAGCUAAAGGGGUGGCAAUAACUGCAAAGAUGCUGGCUACAGAAGAAACCCCAGUUCCGGCUCAGGAAAGGAAACUUUCUGUAUCAUCUACAUCCUCAUCACAAAGCUUUGACGAGAAGCUUUAG